AAAAUCCCAACUUGUGCCCAAAAAAAUAAUUAAAAAAUCAACCAUCAUCAUAGUUUAUCCUUCCAAAAAAAAAAAAAAAAAGGUGAACUCAACUAUUUGAUUUCCCAAAUUUCUAAUCUUUAAACAGUUUCAAGAAUCAAAUGCCCAAAUCCCCCAAAUUUGUACUUUUUACUUCAACAAUUUGAAGAACAAACAACUCUAAAUCUACUUGAAAAUGAGUAAAAAAGGUAUCUAUUGGAAGAUUUUGGUGUGUGUUGGUUGAGUGAAGGGAAGUAGACAAAAAGGGAGCUUUUUGAUUAUCUUGUAAAUGGGGUUCUUGAGUAGAAGGAGAAUGUGGGUCAUUUUGGAUAGAGGGUUAGCGGUCGGGCAUAUACACCAGAAGAUCCAUUUUAUGACCGAGCAAAUCUAGGAACUUGUGGUAGAGGUGGCCCUUCAAAAGGUCUGACAAUGCAUCGAAGCUACACCAACUAGUCUUGAGCAUUAAUGGAGACAGUCCCUAAUGAAUUGAAGACAUCAAGCAAGAUUGGAGAUAGACCAACGAGUGAUGUUGUCGUAAGACUUAGAACACAGGAUGGCCGUGAUGAUUGGCUUUACUGUCAUUCACAUAUUCUCAUUGAAGAGAGUAAAUAUUUUGCUGAUCGGUUAUCAGAUAGUUGGCCGACAUGUCAGUUUCUGGAUUCACGCAAUUGUGUUGAGGUUUACUGUGAAGAACCUGAUCUGGACUCCCAUGUCAAUGUCCUUCGACUCUUUUAUGUCAUUGCGGAUAGCUUAAUGAUGGAAAUUUGCCAUGGUGUCAAGAAUGCACUUGGCAUUUUGCGAAUUGCUGUCAAACUUGGAUGCCCAAGAAUUACUGCAGUAUGUGUGGAUUAUUUGGAAGCAGUCCCUUGGGAGGAAGCUGAAGAGGAAGAGAUAUUAAAUACUAUACCAAGCAUGGGAUCUAAGGUGGAACCGGUACUUGCUCGCCUCCAACCAGUCAAUCCUACUGCCGUAAUGAAGAUUUUUCUUGCAGCCCUUCAAUUUGCUACGUCAUCACCUCCUUCACCUUUGAAUGAUCUGAAAAACACUGCUCAAGAACAGCUUGAAUACAUGCUUACCGAGGACGAUGAUGCUCCUUUACUGACCGCUGAUGAAGAAAUAAAGCUAGAAGUCAUGCGAUGUGUCAAGAAGCUGCUUGAUAGAUUUAACAGCAUUGUAGAGUCUCUAUUAUGUGACCUCCAAGAAUCGAUUUCAGAUGCUGGGAGAAUGCAAUCGUUGCAUUCUUGUUUAACAGAUUUGUUAUGGGCAUGUCAGAUAUUAGGGAAGCUGGAGAUUAUCAGAGAUUUUGUUUGCAGCUGGACGGAGUUGUCAGUGAAGCUAGUAACCAUCGUUCAACAAAAAGAUGAAGAAAAUCAAAUUCUGAAGACAAAGCUGAAGGUUCUUGAGGUGACCGCAAAAGUGUUAGAGGCAAUAGGCUAUGGCAUAGUUGUGUUACCUACAGUAAAACGACUUCACAUGGUGAAGCUCUGGCUUCCUUUUGUCCGGACAAUGAAGCCUUUAGUCGAUUCCGUCACCGAGGAAACUGAGGAUGAGAUCACACUAAAAGUCGAUAGUGAGAUAUGGCAAUCUUUGGAGUCAGCAUUUGUUGCUAUUAUACUUACAUUGCCGUCAGUUGAUCAGACAGACAUUUUAACAGAGUGGUUGGAAAAUCAACAGAUUCGAUAUCCAGACCUCACCGAGGCAUUUGAAGUAUGGUGUUACAGGUCCAAGGUAGCUAAGCGAAGGCUGGCAACACUUGGGGAAGAGCACAAUACAGCUAAAGCAGUAUGACUUCUCUCUUCUUUUGCCAAUUCUAGGAUUUAGCUAUCCUCCUUUUCGCGUCACUGAUUAUAUGCUGAAAACUUUCUUUUAUUCUUUCGAGUUAUAACCUAGCUGAAUUGGUAAGACAUCUUAAAAUGGCCUAGCUUCUGUAAAGUGACCUCUAUUUUUGUACCCUCUCCAUGUUUUCAUGCUUAUUCCUUAUGAAGUAUAUCAAUCAUUUUCAGCAAUAUACUCGGAACUCGAAAAAACUGGAAUCUUUGCCUUGAAACUGUAUGCCAAGUGAUGAUUGAUGAUAACUUAUGUUCUUACAUUUGAAA